AUUUGAGAAUGUCUAUCCAAAUGAGAAAGUUUACAAAACUAAUUGACAAUUAUGGUAGAAUUCAUGAUUAUUUACGUAUAUCAAUAACAGGAAAAUGUAAUUUAAAUUGUAAGUUCAAAUAAAUUGGCAUUUACUACUUAAUUUUUUUUUACAAAAAAACAAAACAAAACCCAUAUAGGUUCAUAUUGUAUGCCAAAUAAAUCAUAUCAAAAUAAUCAAAUUAUAUUAUCCAAUAUAAUAACAUCUAAUGAAAUAUUAUUUCUUGCUAAUUAUUUUUGUUAUCGUGGUAUAAGAAAAAUUCGUUUAACCGGUGGUGAACCAUUAUUACGAUCUGAUCUACAACAAAUUAUAAAAGAUUUAAAUGAAUUAAAAUGUCAACAUAAACAAUUUAAUGAAAUAGCAAUAACUACAAAUGGAGUGAAAUUUAAAAAAUAUGCUGAAAAUUUAAUAAUAGCUGGAUUAAAUUCAGUGAAUAUCAGUUUAGAUAGUUUAAAAUCAGAAAAAAUUUUAAAAUUAACAGGACAAUCUACAUUUAAACAUUCAAUGGCAGCUAUAAUUAAAGCAAUUGAAGUAGGAUUUAAAAGUGUUAAGGUUAAUUGCGUAGUUAUGAAAAAUUUCAAUGAAGAUGAAUUGUGCGAUUUUGUUGAACUGACACGAUAUUUACCUAUUGAAGUACGAUUCAUUGAAUAUAUGCCAUUUUCUGGUAACGAUUGGGAACUAUCAAAAUUAUUCUCAUAUAAACAAAUGUUAAAUAUUAUACAAAAUUCAUAUCCGAAUUUAAUUUGUUUAAAUGAAAAAUCAUUUGAUGUAACAAAACUUUUUCAAGUAUCAGGAUGGUUAGGUAAGAUUGGUUUCAUCACUUCAAUGACUGAGAAUUUUUGUGCUGGAUGUUCACGUUUACGUAUUACAGCGGAUGGAAAUCUUAAAAUUUGUUUACAUGAUAAUUAUGAAGUGAGUUUAGUGGGAAUAUUACGCAACAAAAUGAAUUCACAUAUAAUUAAUGAUUGGUUUGCUGAUAAGUCUAAUUAUAAUUUAAAACAAUCUAUACAAUUAAAUGAAAUCUAUGAUCAACUUGAUGAAAUUGUCGAUCAAGCUUUAACUAAAAAGUCUGCUAGUCACAAAGGUGCUAUUCAACUUGCAUCAAGUGUAAAUCGUUCAAUGGUUCAAAUUGGCGGUUGAACAAAUUUUCAAUAAUUCUAUCAAUUUAAUAUAGAUGAAUUUUGAAUUAAGAUAAAAUAAUUUAUUAUGUAAAUGUAUUUAAAUAAAUAUUAAUUGAAUAA